AUUAGUAGUUGCGUAUUAUUAAAAAUGAUACUGAUUUCACAUUGCAGUGACAAGAACAAGACGUAGCCAGAUAUUCCUGUACACACACCAAUUCUAACUCCAGUAGAGAAGACUGACAAAAAAUUACACCAGAAUUUCAACGAUACUCCUGUUUCUCUGAAAGUAAUGCAAAAAUAAUAGCUCUGAAAAAAAUCAAACCAAUAUUUCAUUUUCAAUGGAUCACGUUGAAAAGGUGAACUUUACAAUGAACUUAAGUAACUGGACAGAUAAUGUGAAAUUUAGACCAAAGGAAACGGGUUUUGAACCCAUAUUUCACUUCAUAGUCACAGGGGUUUUAAGCACAACUGUUAGUCUGUUUGGUAUCGUGGGAAAUAUCAUUUCCUUACUUAUUUUAUCACAGCGUCAAAUGCGGACAUCCAUUAACUGUUGUCUCCAGGGAUUGGCAACCUUCGACACGGCUGUCUUAGUAACUGCUAUGUUGAUGUUAUGCUUACCAACCAUUGGCUCUAAAGUUUCUACGUUGUCCAGUUACACAAAUACAAUCUUUCCCGUCAUUGUUCCAGUUGUCUACCCUUUAGGCCUCAUGGCACAGACUGGGUCAGUUUGGGUCACGGUAAUCGUGACCGUGGAGCGUUACAUCGCUGUUUGUCACCCACUGAAAGCGCGUGUUUUCUGUACUAAACGACGAGCUUUUCUCUACAUCAUCUGUGUCACCAUUUUUGCUUUCUGUUACAAUAUUCCCAGAUUUUACGAGCUUGAGUGUGUCAGUAGCGUUGAUUCAAUCACAAACUCAACAGUCUAUAAUGUUGCCCCUUCCGAAUUCCGCCAGAAUGCCCUUUACUUUGAAGUUUACCACGUCUGGCUCUACCUGUUUAUCAUGUACUUCCUUCCUAUUCUGACCUUGGCAUUGUUAAAUGGCACCAUCUGGCAAACCGUUCAAAGAGCCAAUAGAAAUCGAAGACGUCUCACACGUCAGCAAGAAAAUGAAAUCAAUCUAGCCAUGAUGUUAUUCUGUAUCGUGGGCAUAUUCUUUGUUUGUAACAUUCUAGCACUUAUUGUAAACAUUAUGGAAUACUUCGGCGAAGUGAUUCAUUCCAUGGUUGCCGUUUCGAACCUCUUGGUAACUAUCAACUCUUCUGUCAACUUCAUUAUCUACUGCAUAUACGGCCAGAAAUUCAAAACGAUGUUUCUGCGCAUGUUCUGCGCGUGCCACAUUAUGAAGUACGACAAAGAAGAAGAGAGCACGAACGCUGCGCUACAAGUACGCGUUAACGGCAUGCCAACGCGACGUUCUCCAAGCUUUUCUGUGACAAACGUUUAAAGAAAUCAUUGUUUGCGAACUCUGGUGAACGUGUUGCUGUUUGACUGUUUAGGUUUUGGUGUUAUCUCAAACGGGAAAAACUGGAAGCAACUGUAAUCCUCGUGGAUUUAUUUCAUCUU